CGUCUUGUUAUGUAGCACUGGUUGGAUUGAUACUGUAUAGUCCAAUCUUGCAUCAGGCUCCCGCCACCUCCCGGUACAGCCUCCGGGUGCUCCACACUGGUUUCUCCUUAGAGCCUCUCGCAUGCUGGGCCCGCUAUCACGGAGCUACAGCCCGGCCCAUCAGAAGAGUUUCCAGCACCUGUGGAUCUGGACAAACGGUUUCCGUCCAAGAGCAACUAAAACAUAGCUGGAAGGACCAAAGGAUCACAGAUUUCCGCACGCCAAAGACCGAGACGCGGUGUUCUCGCGAGAGUUGACCCCAGGCAGUCAUGUGACAAUCCAAGAUGGCGAUGCCCAGGGAGGCGGACGAAGAGUCGGUGGUUUACCUGGUGGUGAGUGGGAUUCCUCCUGUGUUACGCUCGGCCCAGUUACGGAGCUACUUUAGCCAGUUCCGGGAACAGCGCGGCGGAGGUUUCCUGUGUUUCCACUACCGGCAUCGGCCCGAGAGGGGCCCUCCUCAGUCGAUUCCUGACGAGGCCCGAGCUGCCCCCGACCCUGCUGUCGAGGAUCCGGUUCUCUCCCAGGCUACCGCCCCUGAUGCCCGCACUGUCCCCGCCCGGGACUCUGCUCCGGUUCAGACUCUGCUCCGCACCUGCUGCUGUGUGGUCUCGGUGAGGGGAGUGGCGCAAGCCCAGCGGCUGCUUCGCAUGUACUCGGGCCGCCGGUGGCUGGACUCUCAGGGGACCUGGCUUCCGGGUCGUUGUCACAUCCGCAGGCUGAGACUACCCACUGAGGCUUCAGAUCUGGGGUCCUUUCCCUUUAAGACCCGGAAGGAACUGCAGAGUCGAAGGGCAGAGAAUGAAGUUUUUACCCUGGCGGACCUGAGGCAGCUCCCCGAGCUGAACCCACCAGCGCUGAUGCCCAAUGGCAACGUGGGCACGCCCCUACGGGUCUUUUUGGAGCUGAUCCGGGCCUGCCGCCUACCCCCUCGAAUUAUCACCCAGCUGCAGCUCCAGUUCCCCAAGACAGGCUCCUCCCGGCGUUAUGGCAAUGUGCCCUUCCAGUACGACGACUCAGAGACUGUGGAGCAGGAAGAGCAUGUGUACACGGCCGACGGGGAGGAAAUCCCCCAGGGUACCUGCCUGGAAGAUCCAGCAGCCAGCCCCUUCGAUGAGCCAGACGACAAAGGGCAGCAGGAAGAGGAAGAGUCUCACUCAGAAGAUGACGAUGACCGUGGUGAGGAGUGGGAGCGGCACGAAGCCCUGCAUGAGGAUGUGACAAGGCAGGAGCGGACGAGCGAGCGGCUCUUUGAGGAGGAGAUUGAGCUGAAGUGGGAAAAGGGUGGCUCUGGCCUGGUGUUCUACACCGACGCUCAGUUCUGGCAGGAGGAAGAAGGAGACUUCGAUGAGCAGACAGCUGAUGACUGGGACGUGGACAUGAGUGUCUACUAUGACAGAGAUGGUGGAGACAAGGACGCCCGAGACUCUGUCCAAAUGCGCCUGGAACGGAGGCUCCGUGAUGGCCAGGAAGAUGGCUCUGUCAGAGGAUGCCACGUGGGCACCUUUGAGCGCCACACCAAGGGCAUUGGCCGGAAGGUGAUGGAGCGCCAGGGCUGGGCUGAAGGCCAGGGCCUGGGUAGUAGGUGCUCCGGGGUGCCUGAGGCCCUAGAUGGUGAUGGCCAGCAUCCUAGAUGCAAGCGUGGACUGGGGUACCAUGGAGAGAAACUACAGCCAUUUGGGCAACUAAAGAGGCCCCGUGGAACUGGCUUGGGGCUCAUUUCCACAAUCUACGAUGAGCCUCUGCCCCAAGACCAGGGGGAGUCCCUGCUCCGGCGCCAGCCACCCACCAGCAUGAAGUUUCGGACAGAUAUGACUUUUGUGAGGGCCUCCAGCCGUGCCUUAGACAGAUCCUCAGAGCCUGAGUGAGGCUAGGUCGCUGGUCAGGAUGUCAGCUGCAGGAACACAUCCCUGGGUCUUGCCUUGUGGGCCUCUGAAGCAGCCAAGAGCCUGGAACGGGCAGUCUGCGCAGCAGGCUCAAACGAGAAACCCUCGAGCGUGCCCACCACUUCUCUACCUCAAAGAUGUCACUAAAAGCCCCUCCUCCUGGGGCGUUCUUGCCUAAAGGCCUUUCCUUGGCCUCCGAACCCUAGUCCUUGUUUGGGCUUGCCUCAGAACCCUCAAGAUCUGGACUGCCUGUGGCACUGGCAAGUCGAUUUUGGGGGUCUCUGAAGGAGACUAUCGUGGGACAAGGAAAAGGGACCAGAGAAGAACUGAUCCAGACAGGGUGCGGCCGUUCCUCGCCCCCACCUCUACCCUCUGGCUAGGGACGGGUCUGCGCUGAAAUAAACUAAUUUACGACUAGA